AUGUGGCUCAAUGUGAGUUCUGCACCCUUCUUGCUGACUGGCUUCCCGGGUCUGGAGGCAGCUCAUCACUGGAUCUCCAUUCCCUUUUUUGCCAUCUAUGUCUCUGUGCUUCUUGGCAAUGGUGUGCUCCUCUACCUCAUCAAGGAUGACCACAAUCUCCACGAACCCAUGUACUACUUCCUCGCCAUGCUGGCAGGCACGGACCUCACGGUAACACUGACAACAAUGCCUACGGUGAUGGGUGUCUUAUGGCUGAAUCAUAGGGAGAUAAGCCAUGGGGCCUGCUUCUUGCAGGCCUACUUCAUUCAUUCUCUUGCCUUUAUAGAAUCUGGUGUCUUGCUUGCCAUGGCCUAUGACCGUUUUAUUGCCAUCUGCACUCCUCUAAGGUACAGUUCUAUCCUUACUCACUCCCAAGUAAUAAAGAUAGGACUUGGGGUACUGAUGAGGGGCUUUCUGUCCCUUGUGCCUCCAAUUCUUUUUUUUCUCUAUUGGUUCCCAUAUUGUCGUUCUCAUGUUCUUUCCCAUGCUUUUUGCCUCCACCAGGAUGUCAUGAAACUCGCCUGUGCUGAUAUAACGUUUAAUCGCAUAUAUCCAGUGGUUCUGGUUGCUUUGACUUUCUUCCUAGAUGUUCUGAUCAUCGUCUUUUCUUAUAUCCUGAUCCUUAAGACAGUUACGGGCAUUGCCUCUGGAGAGGAGCGAGCAAAGGCUCUCAACACAUGUGUCUCCCAUAUUAGCUGUGUCCUUGUAUCUUACAUCACUGUGAUUGGCCUGACCUUCAUCCAUAGGUUUGGGAGACAUGCGCCACAUGUGGUCCACAUUGCCAUGAGCUAUGUCUACUUUUUCUUUCCUCCAUUCAUGAACCCCAUUAUAUACAGCAUUAAGACGAAACAGAUUCAAAAAAGCAUCAUUUGCUUAUUUUCUGGGAAAAAAUAG